GCUACCCCGAGGGGUGCGCCCGGGACCGGCCAUGGACGAUACGCUGUUCCAGUUGAAGUUCACAGCAAAGCAGCUGGAGAAGCUCGCCAAGAAGGCGGAGAAGGAUUCCAAAGCUGAGCAGGCCAAGGUGAAGAAGGCCCUGCAGCAGAAGAAUGUGGAGUGUGCCCGGGUAUAUGCAGAGAACGCCAUCCGCAAGAAGAAUGAGGGCGUGAAUUGGCUGCGCAUGGCGUCCCGCGUGGACGCAGUGGCCUCCAAGGUGCAGACAGCCGUGACCAUGAAGGGGGUGACCAAGAACAUGGCUCAGGUGACCAAAGCACUAGACAAGGCCUUGAGCUCCAUGGACCUGCAGAAGGUGUCUGCGGUGAUGGACAGGUUCGAGCAGCAGGUGCAAAAUCUGGAUGUACACACGUCGGUGAUGGAGGACUCCAUGAGCUCGGCCACCACACUGACCACGCCCCAGGAGCAGGUGGACAGCCUCAUCGUGCAGAUUGCCGAGGAGAACGGGCUUGAGGUGCUGGACCAGCUCAGCCAGCUGCCCGAGGGCGCCUCAGCUGUGGGCGAGAGCUCCGUGCGCAGCCAGGAGGACCAGCUGUCGCGGAGGUUGGCUGCCUUGCGGAACUAGCUGCCCACCGUUCUGGCUCUCAGAGGCGCCUGUCCCCAGCUCACUCUCCUCACCCUGCAGAGCUGCAGCCGCUGCCUCCCUGCUCCUCUCACCCCCGGGCCUGGCAGCCUUUGGGCUGAUCCUGUUUGUCCUGGGUUGGAGAGUGGGUCCACUCUCUGUGUCCUGGAGUAGAGUUGGCACAGAUGUGUGUGGGUAACGUCUGUGACCCUGGACUCCCCUGCGUCCCCUGCUGUGGUUGUAACUGUUGACUUGCUGCUCCCUGCAGCUGGAGGGAUCCUGGCUGCCCACUUGACAGGCAGCUCCCCGACCCCCGCACUGCCCUGCAGGAGAGGAGAGUGGACCUGUGUGUCAGGGAUGUCGAGUGCCACCAACACCGCCCUAGGCCUCUGUGGGAGGAGCCCCUGCCCCUCUAUCAAUCCAGGCUGGGCCCAGCCACAGCUGGCAGCUGCUGAUCCUGCUUGGCCUCCUGCCCUCACUCAGUUCUGAAGGGACAGCCUCGCCCGGCCCCUCAUCCUCUUGUGGCCCCACUGGAGGUACCCUGGGCUGAGUUCUGUAUCUCCCACAUCACUGACUGGAAUCUGGGCUCCUGUGGUGGCACCACUUCCUGUCCUGGUGCCUCUCUGUGAUGCCACCCUGUGUCUGUCCUGCCAUGUAAAUGACAGGUGACCCGAGCUGCCACCCGCCUGCUCCUCCGCUCAGAAGCCUGGGGGGCUCUGUGAGGAGAGCCUGCCAUGGAAGGGCAGCUGGGCGGACCGAGGGGCUUUGGGUACAGGCUGCUGUUUUGGUUUCUUUUUUUCUAUCCUAAAGUUUACUUCAUGGUCUUGAAGCUCCCAGGGUUUUGGGGUUCUGGGUGUUUUGUUUUGUUUGUUUGUUUGUUUUGCCAAAGUAGAAAGUAGGUGACCUGCAGGGCGUAGACUCUUCCCAAACACGCAGCAUUUGGCUCUCUCUGGACCUGCAGACCGGGGUAGUGGGGCCUAGCUUUUGGGGUCCAGGUGCUAUCUGGCUGUGUCCCUUUCAGACUCCCCACACAGUGUUGUGUGGGGUGCUGGUUGGGUAGGGGUGCAGGGGGUCAUGAAGGAGGGCAGCAUGAUCACCCUUGCCCUAAAGUGCUGUUGGAAGUAAAUAAGUUGAUCCUUGAAAA